ACCUCUCUCUCUCUAUCUCUCACAUCUCACCAAAAACACACACACAAAGACCAAAGAGAGAGAGAGAACCAAAAACCCCAACAAUGUCCACUUCCUUCUCCACCGCGACGCCUCUCCUUCUCACCCUCCUCAUCCUCUCCAUCUCCUCCGUCUCAGUUCUCGGCGCAUCUCACCACCACACGGCGGCUCCUGCUCCCGCUGUAGACUGUUCCACUCUCAUACUCAACAUGGCGGAUUGUUUGGAGUUCGUUACGGCAGGAGGAACGGUGUCGAAACCGCCGAGUACGUGUUGCGGAGGGCUUAAGACAGUGCUUAAGGCUGACGCGGAGUGUCUUUGUGAGGCGUUUAAAAGCAGUGCUUCUUUUGGAAUCGUCUUGAACAUGACUAAGGCUGCUACGCUUCCCACUGCAUGCAAGCUUCAUGCUCCUUCUAUCUCUAACUGUGGAUUGUCUGUGACUCCUACUAUGGCUCCAGGUAUUUUAUCUUUAUCCUUGUUUUCUUUCAUUUAUUCUUUGUUUUUUUACUCUUAAUUUUUGUCCCAUUCAAUGUUUUUUCCCCUGUUUUAAAUGCCAGCUUAAAAUUAUUAUUAGCCCUUUUGUCAUAAAAAAAAACUUAAAAUUAUUAUUUGUUUGUUUGAUUUAUAUAUAGAGACAGUCUGGUUGUGUACCUCCGUUGCUAGCUCAUGAAUUUGUGUGGUUAUAAAACCCCUCGAUAUUUAAAAGUUUUGUCCGACCAAGAUUCAUUGUCGAUUAGUUACCUACAUUAGUAACGUUUUGUCUGAAAAUGAAAAAUGGACAUGUUAAUUUUCAGUUGUUGAUUUGUUUAUGCGUUUGAAGUUACUUAAUUAAGAAUUUAUAAUGCUUAAUUUGGAAUUAAUAAUGUCCAGGUCUAGCACCAGGAGGAGCUGUUGUUGCUUCUGGACCAGGCGCAGCUGGAACAACCCUAGCACCAACCCCGUCUCCAGGGAACGAUGGAUCUUCCUUGACCCCGACCUCGUUCAUCACCGUAUUCAGCGCUUUAUUCUUCGUAUUGUUCUUGUCUCGUGUGUAAAAGAUUCUGAGUCUUUCUCAGUAGCUUGGCUUUAUGAUAUGCUUUAGGGUUAUUUUAAGACGGAGCUUUGUGUCUUUGGUGUCUUCUGUUUUAGACAAUGUUGGGUUUCUGUAGUAGUUUUUACUCUAUUGAUUUAUGUUAUUUUUCUGUCGCACAUUGGUCUUUUUAUAUUAAUUUCGUCUCUGUGUCCUCUUCUUUGGAUGGCUUAUUUAUUGAAAUUAUCUCGAGAAAAUGACACAAUUUGAUGGUCUAUAAAAUAUACAUUGGGUA